UGACGACGGGGGGCACGGUCAUGGACCUGGCCGCCAUCGCCUUUGCCAACGCGCGGCGCGAGAGGGAAGAGCGUCCGGUGUUCAAGCCGGGACAGGACCUCCAAGAGGAGGUGGAGGUGCCGAGUCACUACUACUACCCGUAUAUCCCCAUGGCGGGGGCGUGGGGGCGAAGCGACAGGUGCCCCGCCGAAUGGAAGUACCUCGAGCUCUCCGACGGCCCCCCGACCCGAUCCAAGAACGAAAAGGGGGACGCGGUCGUACACGAGGACUCCACCGUCGCGAGCAAGCCGGCUCUGGAUCGAGCCUGUCCGAACGGUGACCCCGUGAGCCGUCGCAAAGCGGCGGCGUUCAGAGCGGAGCAGGAGAAGAAGGCAGCCCGAGCGGAGGCUGACAAGGCGAAUGCGAAGAGAGCGUCAGAGGAGGUCGAGAACAAACGGAAAAGGCUGCAAGUCCUCACGGUCGAUACCGAGGGAAUGACGGGCGUCGCCACAAGCCUCGCCAAGCUGGCGGCGAUCAAGGAAGCGGAGCAGGAGAGCAAUAAGCGCCAAAAGCAAGCGGAGCAGGAGAUCAAAAAGCGCCGAAAGAAAAUCGAUGCCCUGAAAACCAAGCUACGUUUAGGUUUCGGAGACGGGGCUACAAUCAAAUAGACCCUCUUAAGAUUGCUCGACGAGGAUUAUUGUUAGGUGUGCCAAGAGUNAGCAGGA